AGCAGCGGCCCCGCGAUGGAGGCUGAUACCGACGUGCGGCUGCGGCGGGAGGCGGCGGAGUAUUACCGAGCCCACCGAGUGCCGCAGCGAAUGGAGGAAGCGCUCAACGCCCUCUUCCCGCUGCGCCCCGCAGACCUCUACGGGGAAUUGGCUAACUACUUCUCUAAAUUUUCAAGAGCUCCAGUCGUAUGCAAACUGGCUGGGAGAAAAGUUCUUGAUGGAGUUGGUCAACCAACAUUAGAAGUGGAAAUAUACUGUACAGUGAAAAACUAUGAGAAGAGGAUUUGUUCUGCUAUAAUUUCGUCUCAUUAUCAAAUACCUGAGAAUGCUUUCUCUGAAGCAACCGAAGCUGAUGAGAGAGAAAGAAAUGACUCUGUUACCACUGCUGUGGAAUGGGUGAAUGAAUCACUAAGCGCAAUGUUAAGAGACUUGAAGCCUACUGACCAGUGUGAAAUUGAUAAGAUGCUUGGUGAAUACUUUUCAAAAAAGGUAGAAGAAAAAAAAGAAGUUGAAAAGGAGGAGGAAGAAGAAGACACUCUUUCCAUAACUUCUUGUAUUCCAUCAGCAGUGGCACAAUCUGGGCAAAAAAAGGAAGCAAAACCAGGGAAGAAGUCAAGUACAGAGAUAACAAUCCCACCUGCAGAACCCAGUGAAUCAGUGCUCUGUGGCAGCUUAGCCAUUGGGGGAACAUCACUCGCUAUAGCUAAGGCUGGUGCCUCUAUUAAUCACGUCCCAUUGUACUUACACAUUGCACUGCUGAAACGUAGCCAGGAUUCACCUAAAGAAAUGACUCUGCCACUUCCAAUGGUUACUCUGUUGAGCUAUGAAAAAUUGUCACCUGCAAAACUAAAAUUAAUGAAAGAAGUUAUGCUCAUACCACCAGUUCAGUUAUCGCUCAAACAGGGCAUAGAAAGAGCUCUGGACAUUCAAAAAGAAAUGAUGAGACUGCUGGAGCCUGCAGGGAAAGCGCAACUCAGUCCUCAACUAGCAGACAGUAAGAAAGGCAGAGCACAUAAUAAAGAGAAGAAAGCUUCGCCACCAGCCUUAAAUGGAGUAUCACACUUAGGCUGCCUAAUAACGGGAUGUGAUAAUCUAGAGCAACCUCUCCUCCUAAUACAAACAGCUUGCAACAAUAUAGGUCUGGAGCUAGGAACAGAUAUGUAUUUAGCCAUUAAUUGUGCUGCUCAUGAAUUAAUGGACUACGUUAAAGGAAAAUAUGAAAUACUUACUGGAACAUUCAGAAGUCCUGAUGAAAUGGUCGACAUGUACGUGGAACUGGUUAAUAAAUUUCCUUCUAUCAUUGCCUUAGUAGAUCCCUUAAGGAAAGAGGACAGACAGCAAUGGAAUAACAUGUGUUGUGCUCUUGGUUCCAAAUGUUACCUGAUUGCUGAAGAUGCUGCCACAAAUUCUUCCAAACUUAAAACAGACCACAACAUAAACAUACCAAUGUGCAGUGGUGUUGUGCUAAAAUAUGUUAAUCAAACCAAGGUGUCAGACCUCAUAGAACUGACUGGACUUCUAGAUGGUCAAAGACGUAUUACCAUAUUAGGAAGUCCAGAUGGAGAAUCUUCUGAUGAUAGCCUUGUGGAUCUGCUUGCAAUGAAUACGGGAACAAAGAUUGGAGGGAGAAUGAUUGAAACCGCACCGCAGGAGGGAAGCGAAAUCAAAAGACUAUAAAUAAGUGCUGACAAAAAAAAACCUAGGAUAGCACUUGCCACAAUGUAUAUUGUUGUCCUAAUGGAUUAUCUGUUUACUGAAUGUUAAAAUAGACCCCUUCUUGAGGAGAAGCCUACAUUAAGCUUUUUUCCAGAAUUAAUUGGUAGGAGUCUUGAAGCCCACAGUGCAAAAGGAACAAAACAAAAACCAUGCAUAUAACACUCGCAAAAGCUGCCAAAAUGGAAUUUUAGGCCAAAUACCCCACACUUCCCUUAAGCCCCUAAAUAUAUAUUGCUAGCAAAACUUCAUUUCACCAUCCUUCUGUGUGUUAUAUGCACAGCAAAAUGUGUUUGGAUAGUUACAAUUGCAUGGGUAAGUACUAAAUAAAACCCAAGAAAAAUCCAAGUUGGGGAUGCACAUUCAGCCUUAGCCGCUUGUAUGCAUCUGCCUGCAUUUCGUGAUCUACCUCUGCUUUUUACACCAUUUUAUACAGUUAAAUACUUAACUGCUCAUUAGAACCACUUCUCACUUGCUCAGGUAUCAAUCAAGACAGGAUAAAGGCAUACAGUCUUGGGGGGUGGGAGGGCAGAGACUAGGGGAGGCAGAAAGGAAGGAAAGAGUUUGCACAAAUUUAUUAUGGCUAAGUGAAGGAAAAUGAAAGAGAACUAAGUCAUCUGAUCUCAUUUCUAUUGUUGUCAUUGUUUUCUUUAUGUUCUAUACAUGGAAUAGCAAUGCUUGACAAGCGAGAAAAGGUAUUUUUAAAGAAAUUACUGAAAAUAUUUCAAGUUUGGGACAUCUUUCACUUGCUCACAUAUAGUCAUAAAAAAAAACCAACAAACGUAUACAGAUUUGUUUUGAUGAGUUCCACAGAGUGUGUUUUCAAAACCAAGUCAUAAUAAUCAUGAAGAACGAUGACCUUUCACUGCCUUAGCAAUAUUAAUAUAUUCCCUAUUCAAAUGGAUAUAGUCUAAACAAAAGAGCUUGAGUUUGACAUGUUUAAAACUGUAUCUCAUAAAAUGAAAUAGCAACAAUUCCUGAAGCCAUUAAUCAUUUGGCAGAAAUGAAAUCCAGUAAUUAAAUCAACAGCAGGGAAAUACUGAGAUAGCAUGUCUGAGCUGCAUACCAAACUCUUCAUUUGGCUAGGCUGCAAGCUACAAAAUACACCGGAGGGCUGAGCAUGGAGGUCUCUGUAAAUGGUUCGUGGAUGGAAGGUGACAUUGACCCAUCAGGAGUCCCCCCCAGGACUGAAUGAACCGGGCUCACAGCUGGCCCAGGAGCACUGCAGCUACAGGGAGCCAGGCUCUGCCUGCUGCCUUCCCCUCUCACUGUCAGGCUCUGGGAUUGCACUGAACUCUCCAUCUAUUGCAGCCCCAAUGCUGAUGCUGCAUUUCAGCCCCCAGGUACACCUGAAAGGCAGAUGACAACUGCUCAUAAGAUGAAAUCACAGAUUGGUCAACCCUUUGCUAGGAACUCACAAAGAGACGUGACCUAUUCAGUGAAUGGGCCGGCUUUGUAUGCACGGCAAAAAAAGAAAAAAGAAAAAAAUCAGCAGUGAGUGUGAUGUGAUUGAGGAAAAAUAGCAGUAAGGAGAGAGGUUAAGUGUCAGAAACAACAUCUGAACCUGGGCUUAUAUAAAGUUGUUAGAGACUGGGACUGAGGAGGAAGGAGGCACAGGCAGCUAGUGGGAACUUCUGCAAGAACACCGGUGCAGAGGAAGAUGGAUGUUCAAAGAAAGGGCAGCAAGUAGAAAGCAACAGGUGAGGUGGUAUGUGAAGAAGGAAAUGCAAUAAAUAUCCCAGCCCAGGCUGCUGUCAAUCAUAGAAGGGUUUGAGGUGAAAGGGACCUGACAGCUCAUCCAGUUCUGGCCCUGCUGUGGGCAGGGACACCUCCACCUUCCUGUACUGUGUCCCAACCCUGUAACCAAAGUGCAGUAGCGCCGCUCCUUUGGUUCUUAAGACCAAACCCUUAACAAUAUUUAAAGACAGAUGUAAGCAUUAUCUGGAAGUUUGAAAAGAAAAUCUGAGCACAUCAGAGAACACUUCAAGAAAGCAGAUUUCAGCAAAGAUAAGAACAGGUUUCUUUAUUCUCUUCAACUGCAGGGUAUGAUGCAGAUUUUGAAUUUACUGAUUUUGCUGAAGAAUCACAGCCA